ACUGGUUACGCAGCUGUGACUCUGGCGCGGGGGGGGGGGGGGGGGAGGAUGGGGGAAUGGUCAGUAUGGCGUUAGAGUCCUUGCUCUUGUCCAGCAUGCUAUGCUGCCUCUCAUCGUGAAUUCUGGCAUCAAGCUAGGCAGCUUUGCUGUCGCCUGAUCUGUGAGAUGAGGAGUGUUGGUUCCAAAGGCAAUUUCAAAUGUAACUUCACUGCCCCGGUUGCCAGAUUUAGAAGAGCCUGGAGAGUGGAGUGCUGUCAGGCCGAGGACUCUGGAGGGUGGAAGAGGUAUAAGGACAUUAGAAGAUCUUCCAGGUCCGUAGGCUGGAGUGGUUAACAGAGGCUCCUCAGCACUUCAAAUCAUAUAUUGAAUAAAUACACACGUCUCAUCUAUAUAUAUAAAAGCCUAAUAUGCAAAGUGUCCCCUUGGGAGUUCCAUUGCUCACUGUGACAUGCACUGACCACCAGGGGGUAGCGUGGAACCAAGGAAGGCCCCGGCUGGCAGCUGGCAGCUGCUAGGGACCCUACCUGGGCAUGAAUUUCGUGCACUGGACCUCUAAUAUUAAAUAUUUUUGCUGUAGAAAUGUCUUAAAAUUGCUUUUGAAAUCAUUGGGUUGUGAAUCUUUUAAUUAAAUUUACUCUUCGCUAUGCUUUCUUGUUAAUUAUUGCGCAGACUAUGAAAUGCUUUUCUUCAACAAUUGAAGAAUGGAGUUGGCAAUGUCAUUUUUUGUAUUGGAUAUAGCUGUCUAGAACAGCAAUUUUCAAUCGUUGCCACAAGAGUUUUUAAAACAUGCAAAACCUGACUAUUUAGUCAGGAGCAUUGACCUCUUUUCCCAUAGAUUGUCAAAUAAAAAUAACAACAGCCAACACAGCAAUAGCUGUCGGGGUGAAUGAAUCAACAUUAUACAGUAUCUAGGUUUUUUGUCAGAUUGGCAAAAAAAAUAUAUUUUUUGGUGUGCCGCAGAAUUUUAGUAAUUAGUUUAUGAAUGCCAUGAGAUGAAACAGCUUGAAAAUUGCUGCUCCCCUAGGCUUCCAGGCUCUGAGCACUCCCACCUCUUGAGCCUAGCGUUCCUGUAGCAGGUGUGGGCUCAGGGGCAGCAGCCCUGCCUUUUCCUGUCUGGACCCUGCUCAUUUGGAGUGACUCAUCUGUGCAUCUUAUAAAGUACUUAAAUUAUAUAUAUAUAUAUAUAUUUGUAAUUUUUUUUUAACAAAUUAGUUUUUAAUAUACCACCCUAAUUCCAAACUCUGCUGAGAUGGGGUGGGGGACAGUGCCGGUCUGCAGUAAGCGUUUAGUGCUGGCCUGUGUUGGUGAUACUGAGAUAUGUAAAAGAUCGUUCCUGUUUCCCAGUAGCAUUAGCACACUGGGGAGACAGACAUACAGGAAUCUAAUAUUAUGAGACUACUUGGGCAAAAUGGGGCGGGGCAGGAGAGAGACACCGAAAAGGAAGAUCUGUCAAGAAAAGGCUUUAUUUUAGGAAGUUGAAGGAGACCUGGAAAGAAGGGUAAUGUUUAGAGAAAUGGAGAAGGCAGGAGUGGGGCUGAAGCAGGGAUGGGGAGAACUAGAGCAAGGGUGAGGUGCUCUGGGGCGGAGGGGUGAGCGUCUGUGUAGUAGGUACCAGGCUUGUGCCGGGUGACUUACACAUAGGAAUGCACCUGCUCCUCUCGAUGGCCUGAGGUGGGUUGUAGUGUUUCUGUUUUAUAGAUGAGGAGCAAGCUCAGAAAGGUUACGUAACUUACCUAAGAAAAUGCUGGUAAGUGGCAGGGGCGGUGCCUGCACCCAGGUAUGUACGACUGCAGCUCCUUUGCUCCUGUCUUGCAAAGGUACGGGCCUAAAGUGUGCAUGUGUACCAUUGUUUGUGUUUUGACUUCAGAUAGUCAGUUUUUCCCGGUUUCUGUAUGUUGUCAUCUCACCUACGCCUGGUCCCCACGAGAGUCCAGCUUGUUCGUUCCCUGGUCCGCAAUCCUUCCUCUUCCUUCAUGGACCUGAAGGCUCUCCUUUCCUCCUUGAAUGACUUUGCCUCCCUCUCCUUUGCUGAGAGCUGGGACAAUGUUGGAUUACUGGUGGAACCAAGCCCACCACACACGGUGAACACACUCUUCCUGACCAAUGAUUUGACCGAAGAAGUGAUGGAGGAGGCACUGCGGAAGAAGGCUGAUUUCAUUCUCUCCUACCAUCCGCCCAUUUUCCGGCCCAUUAAGCGCAUAACCUGGAAAACCUGGAAGGAGCGCCUGGUGAUCCGCGCUCUGGAGAACAGAAUCGCCAUUUACUCUCCCCACACGGCCUAUGAUGCCGCACCCCAGGGGGUCAACAACUGGCUGGCUAAAGGGCUCGGCGUUUGCACCUCCAGGCCUAUACAUCCUUCCAAAGCACCCAACUACCCGACAGAGGGAACACACAGGGUAGAAUUUAAUGUUAACCACACCCAAGACCUGGACAAAGUCAUGUCUACAGUGAAAGGAAUUUCGGAUGUUUCUGUCACUUCCUUUUCUGCUAGGACUGAUGAUGAGGAACAGACGCGGGUCAGUCUGAACUGUAGUCAGCAGGCUUUGAUGCAGGUGGUGGCUUUCCUUUCCCAGAACAGACAGCUUUAUCAGAAGACUGAAAUUCUGUCACUGGAGAAGCCUCUGCUUCUGCACACUGGAAUGGGACGGUUAUGCACCCUGGAUGACUCUGUCUCCUUGGCAACCUUGAUUGAGCGAAUCAAAAGGCACCUAAAACUAUCUCAUGUUCGCCUUGCUCUUGGGGCAGGGAGGACCUUAGAGUCCCAAGUCAAAGUGGUGGCUGUGUGCGCUGGCUCUGGGAGCAGUGUUCUGCAGGGGGCAGAGGCCGACCUCUACCUCACAGCUGCCAACCUGUACCAGGCUUUUCUUUCCUUUGCUUUCAGCUAUUAUUGUAGGGUCACCAAGAAUUUCCCCACUUUCAUGCCUCCUCCAGCCAGUGCUUUUAUAACCUGGGCACCCAGACUCGUUCCUAAAGCAUGGCUUCUAACUGGGCCACGUUAGUAUCUUUUUCUCCUUUUUAUCUUUACUAUUAUAGAUCAAGAUGCUUUAAUAGGUGCUUGAAGAAAAAGUAUUUCUUAUAAUGAAAUGACACAUAUGAGGGGUAGAAAUGUGGGCAAUUAAACAUUCCUGGGGGAGGAGGGUAACUCUUUUUCUAAGAACCUUUUUUCCCUUAUAUUUUAUGCCUUUAUAUUCCUAUAUACAUUUCAAAAUUAUACUUCAUAUAGAAGCAAACGUAGUCUUUCUGCUGUUGUGGCUCAGCAUUGCAGACUCUGAAUCUAAUGUUUAAGUAUCUGCUCUUUCCUUUGCUGGCAGGUGAGAUGUCCCAUCAUGAUGUUUUAGAUGCUGCUUCCCAAGGAAUAAAUGUCAUCCUCUGUGAACACAGCAACACUGAACGAGGCUUUCUUUCCGAUCUUCGAGAUGCGCUGAGUGUUCACUUGGAGAAUAAGAUUAAUAUUA